CUUGUUUCACUUCUUUUUUUCUUUUUCUGUGAUGAGUCAGCUCUGCAAUUUUUAUUUUUUUCUAUAAGUAAAUCGAAGGAGCUGCUGCCAUUUUUAACUCUUGUCAUCUGCUGUCGCCGGUAAGCUUUGCCUAUAUAUAUAUAUAUAUAUAUAUACAGCACCAAGUGGAAAGCAGAUUUUAACUCCAACUCCAAAGCUAAAGCUGCAAGUCAUCAACUUCUCCUCUAAUUAUAAUUAUUGUGUUGUUGCUUCAAUCCUUAAACAUGGUUGCAUUUGGGAAGAAGUUGAAAGAAAAUCAAAUCAGAGAGUGGCAAGAAUACUACAUUAACUAUAAGUUACUGAAGAAGAAACUCAACCGGUAUACACAACAACUUCAAGUUGGAGCAGAAGAUCAACAAUAUGUUCUCAAGGACUUCUCAAAAAUGCUGGAUGAUCAGAUUGAAAAGAUUGUCUUGUUUCUGAUAGAACAACAAGGACUACUAGCAAGCAGAUUAUUAAAUCUUGGAGAACAGCAUGAUGCUGUAGCACAGCAGUUAGAUGGGUAUAAAAUAUCUGAACUACGAGAAGCUUAUAGAGCAGUUGGACAGGAUCUCUUAAAGCUUCUCUUCUUUGUUGACAUGAAUGCUACUGGUUUGCGAAAGAUUCUGAAGAAAUUUGAUAAGCGCUUUGGCUCUAGAUUCACUGAUUACUAUGUCAAAACCCGUGCAAAUCAUCCUUAUUCCCAGCUGCGACAGGUGUUCAAGCAUGUGGGUAUUGGGGCUGUUGUUGGAGCAAUAUCUCGCAAUCUUGCAGAUCUUCAAGAUCAUGAGGGAAACUACAUAUCAAUAUACGACCAACCUUCAUUAUCCCACCCGGAUCCAGUCAUUGAUUCAAUUAAAGCAGCCGUAAACAAGCUAUCAAACUCAACAAGUUUUCUUGAGUACUUGGGGAAGCAUGCAUUCAUUAUGCAAGAGGGAUUACCAACUCCAUCAGAAGACAGUUUUAUUGAGCAGAAUUAUCAUUUUAUGUCACUUCUCCUGAACUUGGUAAAUACAUUCCUUUAUAUGGUCAACACAUAUAUCAUUGUCCCAACAGCAGAUAAUUACUCCCUGAGCCUUGGAGCUGCAGCAACUGUUUGUGGUGUCAUCAUUGGAUCGAUGGCUAUUGCGCAGGUGUUCUCUUCAGUAUAUUUUAGUGCAUGGACAAAUAGGUCAUAUUUGAGACCUCUUGUGUUUAGCAGUAUUGUUCUUUUCAUCGGGAACACCUUAUAUGCACUAGCUUAUGAUCUGAACUCAAUAGCAGUCCUUCUAAUUGGUCGGCUUUUCUGCGGGUUAGGAUCUGCAAGGGCUGUUAACAGGCGUUACAUCAGUGAUUGUGUGCCACUCAAAUUAAGAAUGCAAGCUUCUGCAGGUUUUGUCAGUGCUAGUGCACUUGGAAUGGCAUGUGGUCCGGCUCUUGCUUGCUUGUUUCAAACUGACUUUAAGAUUUACAAACUUACAUUUAACAAGGACACUUUACCUGGCUGGGUGAUGGCUUUUUCAUGGCUUGCCUACCUACUAUGGCUGUGGGUUUCUUUCAGAGAACCUUCUCAUCAAACUCAAGAACUUGUGCCCCAACAAGCUAAUUCUGGGCUGUUAGUAAAUGGUCAUGCUGUAGAGAGUGGCUUUACCCAGCCAUUGCUUAUAAAAUCAGAAUCUGAGCAUCAAAAUGAAGAUUCAGACCAGGAACUUGAGGAUUGUGAUGAAGAUUCCGAAGGAAGUCGUCAAGAACCUGUUACGUCAAUUGUCUCAGCAUACCGUUUACUCACCCCAUCUGUGAAGGUGCAGCUGUUUGUUUAUUUUAUGCUCAAAUAUGCAAUGGAGAUUCUACUUGCUGAAUCAAGUAUCAUCACUGGAUAUUACUUUAUCUGGUCAACCAGUAGAGUAGCUAUUUUUCUUGCAUGUCUUGGGCUAACAGUGCUUCCUGUAAAUGUUGUGGUCGGAAAUUACAUCAGCAACAUGUUUGAAGAGAGGCAAGUUCUGCUGGCAUCUGAAAUUAUGGUGUGUAUAGGUAUACUGCUAAGCUUCAAUAUAUUGAUACCUUAUUCGGUGCCUCAAUAUGUUGGCUCAGCACUGAUAACAUUUGUAUCAGCUGAAGUCCUUGAAGGUGUGAACUUAUCACUCCUAUCUCGGGUCAUGUCAUCGAGGCUUUCUCGUGGAACCUACAAUGGAGGAUUGCUGUCAACAGAAGCAGGGACCUUGGCUCGAGUAGUUGCAGAUGGAACAAUAACACUUACUGGGUACUUAGGUGAAAGUAGGCUCUUGAAUGCCACCCUACUUCCUUCACUCUUCAUCUGUAUCUCCUCCAUUGUUGCCACCUGCUGCACCUAUAACUCUCUCUACUGAUGAUCUUCCAAUUUCACAUGUAUAUUUUUUUCUUCUUUUUCACUGAUGUUAUCAUUUCUAAUAUAAAUGUCCAUAUUACCAGUCCUUA